AAAAAAUGAAACGGGAGUUUUAAACUUUGAGAACUCAUCAUGGAAGACUCAGAAGGACAUCACUUCAGCUCAGUGGAAGAGGAAACCAGAUACUGGAAAGAGUUGGCUAUGAAAUACAAGCAGUGUGCUGAGGAUACACAGGAGGAAUUGCGUGAAUUCCAAGAAGGGAGUCGAGAGUAUGAAGCUGAACUGGAGACUCAGCUGCAGCAAACAGAGUCCAGAAACAGAGACCUUUUGUCAGAAAACAACCGUUUGCGAGUGGAACUGGAGUCAGUUAAGGAAAAGAUUGAAAUGCAGCAUUCUGAAAGAUACAGGCAAAUCUCUGCGCUGGAAGAUGACUUGGCACAGACAAAAGCUAUUAAAGAUCAACUUCAGAAAUACAUUCGAGAACUCGAGCAAGCAAAUGAUGACUUGGAAAGAGCAAAAAGAGCCACUAUAAUGUCUCUGGAAGAUUUUGAACAGCGUUUAAACCAGGCUAUUGAAAGAAAUGCUUUUCUGGAGAGUGAGCUGGACGAGAAAGAAAACCUUCUCGAGUCUGUGCAGCGCCUGAAAGAUGAAGCUAGGGUUAGACAGAAAUUACUU